UUUUUGUUGCAAAACACUAAAACCUUUUAAAAGACUUCCCAUUUGCACAAUCAGGCACUUUCAAAACCCCACCCACCGCUUCAAUGCCACCCAUUACCAUAAGUACUACUAAGACCUAAGAGUUUCAUCAAUGGCUUUAGGGCAAGCACUAGCACUAUCACCAGCAACUAACCUCUUUUUUUCAAUUUCGAACCCCUCCCUCACAAACACCAAAACUCCUGCUUUGUCCCUGAACCCUCUCACCUACUCCUCGAAGAGAUCCCAUUUCCAACGCAGCUUGAAAUGCUCCGUUCAUUAUAGAGAUAACCAGCACAGUCAAGCGGUUACGCAUGCUAAACCGGCUGAGAUUCAAUGGAACAAGGAGCUCUGUAACUCGGUGCACCUCAUCGGGAUCGUUGGGACCCCUGUAGAAAUCAAGCACCUCCCCUCCGGCAAGGUAGUCGCUUGGACACGACUUGCUGUCAAGAAAUCUGCAAAUGACACCUCCUGGAUCAAUUUGACAUUCUGGGAUGAUUUGGCGCAAGUUUCUUCUCAGCAUGUAGAGAAAGGCCACCAAAUAUACGUGUCUGGUCGAUUGAUCACAGAUUCAGUUGAAAAUGAUGAAGGGAAGCUGCAGACCUACUACAAGGUAGUUGUCCAGCAGCUGAAUUUUAUUGAAAGAAGCUCUUCAAGAGGAUUAUAUGACUCCGACUUUAAUAACACGGCAGCUGGUAGUAAGUUUGGUAACAACACUGCAAAUGACAUGGGUUCCAUGGAAGAACGGUGGCAAGCAUUUUUUUCUAAUCCUUUGGAGUGGUGGGAUAACAGGAAAGAUAAGAGGAACCCAAAGUAUCCUGAUUUCAAGCACAAAGACACUGGAGAAGCUUUGUGGGUUGAAGGCAGGUACAAUCCUCCUUGGGUGAAGUCCCAAUUAGCUAUAUUGGACGAACAAAUGGGAUCUCUUCAAGAUCAGGACUCUAGGUUGCAUGAAAGUUCAAUGUCUGGGAUUGAUAUCUGUGGAGGACCGGGCUUGAUUGCUUUGAGUGGGUUUUAUCAAAUCAACCCCCUUUUAUGAUCAGAUUCUGUAUCUACGAUUAUAUUAUAUUCUGUAUCCAUGUUGCUUACUUUAUUUUCUGUAUGGAUCGUUCACAUUCUGUCAUGCAAGGUGGCGCUUCUAAUUAGAACAUACACAAGAAAUUUUCGUUAA